AUGGACGGAAAUAGUGGGUCACCGCAAACAGAAACGUUCGAUAAGGAGCAAGUCUAUGAGUGGAUUCUGGAUUUGCGUGACUCAACUAAGAGGGAACAGGCCCUUCUGGAACUAAGCAAGAAACGGGAGACGGUACCGGACCUUCCAUUGUGGCUUUGGUAUUCGUUUGGUUCAAUGGCUUCUUUGCUUCAAGAAGUUAUUUCAAUCUAUCCAGCCAUUAUGCCACCUACGCUCACUGCAUCGCAGUCCAAUCGCGUCUGUAAUGCUUUGGCUUUGAUGCAGUGUGUUGCUUCGCACAAAGAAACUAGAAGUCAAUUCUUGCAAGCACAUAUUCCACUAUUCUUGUAUCCAUUCUUGCAUACAACGAAAACAUCUCGACCGUUUGAGUAUCUUCGUCUAACAUCUCUAGGUGUUAUUGGUGCACUGGUAAAGACUGAUGAGCAGGUUGAAGUGAUACAGUUUUUGCUCUCAACAGAAAUAAUUCCACUCUGUUUGCGGAUCAUGGAAAAUGGGACGGAACUAUCGAAAACGGUGGCAACAUUUAUUCUCCAGAAGAUACUACUUGAUGAUACUGGCUUGGCAUACAUCUGUCAAACAUAUGAACGCUUUUCCCAUGUCGCUAUGAUUCUGGGCAAAAUGGUUUUACAUUUGGCCAAAGAACCGUCUCAACGACUUUUAAAGCAUGUGGUUCGGUGCUACAGUCGUCUUUCAGAUAACCCCAGGCAUUCAAGUUUCAAGUUCUUAAUUUUUAGAGCUUUACAAGCAUUACGACAGUGUCUACCGGAUCAGCUGCGUGACGACACUUUUACUCGAGUACUUGCGGAUGACAAAUCGACCAGACACUGGUUGAAACAACUACUAAAGAAUAUUGGUAACAGAUUAUCAGAGUGCUUCGAAACUUUCUUUAAAAUGGUUCUUUAA